AGUGUAUGGAAUUUAUAGCCGAAAACUAAAAUUUCCACAAGCUAGAUGAUUGGAUUUAAAUUCCAUCCAACAACGUGGAAAAUGCAGAGUGACUAUUGACUCAUUGAGCACAACAGCUUGCAACUAUUCCAGUUCCACGCUCCUCCUCAUCCCUCUUAUUUCUCCAUUGUUAAUAUCAUUAUUCCGUUUCUUGAUGAGUUACAAUCAUGACCGUGAUAUUAGAACUCACCCUCGUAUCAACAGAAGGACUAAACAACUAUACUUCCUGUCUCAACCCCAUCUUAAAACCCUUCAUCACAGUCACCAAAUUCCCACCAUUCACAACAACCACACCUACUACAGCAUGGGAUAAUAACAUGAUCCGCGUCCCACUCGAUCCUACCUUCUUUUCAGAAGCAUCUUCAUGUCUAUACCUUCAGCUAUUCAUCAAGCGGAGAAUCAUGGGCCAGGACCAAAUUGGGUGGUGUUUUAUUCCGGCUUCAGAUAUUGGCCUUCUUACACCGGAUUCUGUCCGGUACCUGAGUUACAGGCUACGAGGCAGAGACGGUUCAAGGAGACACGUAAUUAUCAAUAUCUCCGUCCGGUUGGAUAUAACAACGUCGCUGUCACCUAACAUUGACACCACAUGUUACACUGUCAUUGGGAUACCAGUGACAGCCAUUAGGAGAGCUUAAUUUCCAUGUUAGUAGGUAGUUUAGUGGGGGCAAGGUAAUAGUUCCUUGUUUUGUCCUAACGUGUGUUUUUUUUCCUUAAUUUGAGAAAGUGGGCAUGGCCACUUGUUUUGUGGUUUGUUUUGAUGUAACACCACUAUCUUUGUUUAACCGUAUGAAUCUGACUGUUUCCAAUGUGAUGUUUUGA